UACUUUGCAGAGGAGCGAAGUGUUCAAGCUUUGUGCCCAAGGAGAGCCAAGGCAUCUGUAGCCAGCAGGUACUACAUACUGUUGGCAGAUGUUGGGGGGAGGCGUGAGACCACGUUAAGUGACAGGCACGUGUCUUGUGGGAGGAAGCACCAAGAGGCUGCUCUGCUGGAAGCCACCUGGCCUGAGGCCACUUAAGCAAGGGUCUGACAGAGACUUCUGAGGCAGGACGAACAUGACCUGCUGUACCGGGGGACCUUCUGCAACAUGAUCUUAAGGAGGCGGUCCAGAACCGGGCCCCGAAAGCUGCAGUUCCUAGUGGUGGUGUUGAUGCUGGGAUGCUUACUGGUGAUGGUGACCGUGCUGCACCCACCACCUCAGGACCUCUUCAGGGAUCCCUCGGCCCAAGCUGAGAAGCCCAGCCCCCAAGUGGGGUAUCAGGUGGACUUUGGCAAACCCCAGGACUGGGUGCUGGAGACUGAGGAAGAGAGCCAGGAGUAUUACCCCCUGGAGGGCCUGGCCCCCUUCAUCUCCUUGAAAGAGGAUGAGCUCCUGAUGGCAGUGGCCUCUCCCAGGGACAGAAGGAACCAGAGCCAGACCAGGAAGAGAGGGAGCUACCGACUGGUCAAGCAGCAGGGCAGGCGGCUGGAGGAGGGAGCCCUGGACAGACCUGCCUUGCCCUGGAGGGCCGACAUGGAGGGUCUCUCCCUGACAGACUCUGAUGCCGCUGAUGAGGAAGAGCAGCUAGAUACAUUUGGAUUGGACACCUACGGCUUCAAUGAAGCCCUAAGCCAACAGAUCUCUCUGCGCAGGGAGCUGCCUGAGGUCCGCAAUCCUCUGUGCCUGCAGCAGGACUAUGGUGACAAUCUGCCCACAGCCAGCGUCAUCAUCUGCUUCCACGAUGAGGCCUGGUCCACCCUCCUUAGAACUGUGCACAGUGUCUUGGACACGACUCCCAGACCCUUCCUCAAGGAGAUCAUCCUUGUUGAUGACUUCAGCCAACAAGGACACCUCAAGUCCGCGCUCAGUGACCACGUGGCCCAGCUGGACGGUGUGAAGCUGCUCAGGAGCAACAAGAGGGUGGGAGUCAUCAAGGGCCGCAUGCUGGGGGCCGCCCGGGCGGCCGGGGACGUGCUGGUCUUCAUGGACUCCCACUGCGAGUGCCACAAGGGCUGGCUCGAGCCCCUCCUCAGCAGAAUAGCCGGUGACAGGAGCCGCGUGGUGUCUCCUGUCAUCGAUGUGAUAGACUGGAAGAAUUUUCAGUAUUAUCAUUCCAUGGAUUUGCAACGAGGGGUAUUUGACUGGGAAUUGAAUUUCCACUGGAAACCUUUGCCAGAGCAUGAGAGGAAGGCACGCCAGUCUCCCAUCAGCCCCAUCAGGAGCCCCGUAGUGCCUGGGGGAGUGGUGGCAAUCGACCGGCAUUACUUUCAAAACACUGGAGCGUAUGAUUCCCUCAUGUCCACUUGGGGGAGUGAAAACCUGGAACUUUCCAUAAGGGUUUGGCUCUGUGGCGGCUCUGUAGAAAUCCUCCCCUGCUCCCGGGUGGGGCAUGUCUACCGCAACCAGCCUCCCAAUGCCACCCCUGACCAAGAAGCGGCCCUCAAGAACAAGAUCCGAACUGUGGAGACUUGGCUGGGUUCCUUCAAGGACACCUUCUACCAGCACAGUCCCAAAGCUUUCUCUCUGAGCCAGGCUGAGAAACAAGACUGCAGUGAACGACUUCAGCUGCGAAAAAGAUUGGGUUGCAGGACUUUCCACUGGUUUCUGUCCAAUCUCUCCCCGGAGUUGUACCCCUCUGAACACAAGCCAGGAUUCUCUGGAAAGCUCUACAAUUCUGGAGUUGGCUCCUGUGCAGACUGUGUUCUUGGAGGGGCACUUCUAGGAAGCCUGGUGACACUCUCUCCCUGCAGUGACAGCUGGCAGCAACAGCACCUGGAAUACAGUAGCAAGAAGCAAAUCAGCUGUGGAAAGGACCCCAUACUCUGCUUUGAUGUGAACCAAGAAGGGCAGGUGGUACUUCAGAACUGCACAGAUGAGACCCUCUCCUUCCAGAAGCAGCACUGGGAUGUCCAGGAGAAUGGAAUGAUUAUCCACAUCCUCUCUGGGAAAUGCAUAGAGGCUGUAGAGAGUGGCCAUGAGAAAACUUUGUCCUUGCAACUGUGUGAUGGGAAAGCCAACCAGGUAUGGAAGUUUGACCACAUCCAUGCUGUGGAUCAACGAUGAGCACCAGAAACACCAGACAGUAGCUUGUUCUCACGGAAGAUCUCCGAAGGCCUCAAAACAGCCCAAAACUUUAGAGGAAAAAGUACCUUUGCUUGAGCUCUUUGGUGGCUUGCAACAAGCCACAGCAAGACACAGUGACAAGAGCUCAGAGUCAAAGACCUAGGUUUACAUCCCAGCUGUCAUUUCCUGCCCAUGGGACCCUGACUAUGAUACUUCCUUCUUUGGGCCUCAGUCUCCUUAUCUGUAACAUGAGAGGGUUGGAGAGUAUAGCAUCUGAGGUCCCUUCCAGAGCUAAGUCCACAAUCCUAUAAAGCUAUGAGACAUCCCGGAAAUGUCCAAAAUCUCUGGUUGUUAAUCCGACGUCAGCUCUAGCUGUAUGAGAGGAUCAAUACGCUUCACUACUGUGAGAAACGAAUGUAUGGACAGGUACUUCAACUGUCAGGAUGAAAAGACUGUCCUGUCUUAAAACCACAUUCUUCACAUCUGACACAAGAAAGGAACCUGAGUAUCUCUGGCCAUGUUUACACAGACCUUAGCUUGAAAAGGCCAAGGCCUCCCACUGCAUCCGGGGCCACUUCCAGGCGUCCUGAUCUGUAUCUG